AUAGAUUGAUACAUUUGCGCUUGAAACGCGAUUGUGAACAAGGCAUUCGUAUUAUAUAUCUUGUUAAUAAUGUUAAAAAAAUUCAUUUUUUAUUGUACUUUAAUGGGACUUGCGACAAUAUCAAGUUCAUUAUCGAUUUUAUUGGUGCAACCCAUACCGUCAACCAGUCAUCAUGUUUGGACGAUGAAUUUAUUGAAGGGACUACUCAGCAAAGGUCAUCACGUACACAUAGUCAGCAUCCAUGAACCCAAUAUCAAAAGCAAACUCGCCGAGAAUAUGACAUACGGUAUUUUUGAUAUAAUGCAACAAUUGCAUGAAGCUAAAGAUUUUAAUCCAAAUGAUUGGCAAAAACUUAAUAUAUUUCAAAUGAUGUACACUGUAUAUGAUACAGGAUUAUUAACUUGUGAAAAAAUAGUAGAAAGUAGAGAAGCGAAAGAACUUUUGGAAAUGAUAAAAAAUGUUGAAUUCGAUGUAAUAGUACAUGACAUUACAUUACUUCAAUGUCUGUACGGAUUGUGGGAGGUUGCUAAAGGCGAACCGCCUGUCGUUGGUUACAUUCCAUUCGGUCUUGCACCUUGGCUCAAGGAUUAUAUCGGUGGUACUUAUUACCCGACUGUUCGACCUUAUUCAUGUGUAGAUUUUGCAAAACCCGAAGGUUUAUGGCAGAAAACGUGGAAUACUAUUUAUUAUAUCGUGGACGAUUUUCUACGAAGUUAUUAUUACAUGCCACUCUCUCAACGAAUUGCUGAGCGAUACAUAGGUCAAAAAAUCAGACCGUUACAUAAAUUAGAAAAAAGUAUUACCAUUUUAUUAAUCAAUACUCAUUCUGCAUUUGAACCCGCGAUCCCGCUGCCACCAAACGCCAUAGAGGUUGGGGGAUUGCAUGUUCAACCACUACAAACUACUGAUGAAAAAACCGUAAUAUAUUCUGAUAACAUACGUGAAUUUCUUGAUGGUGCAGAAAACGGAGCUGUUAUAGUAUCAUUAGGAACAAAUGUAAACUGGAAAUCUAUCGAAUUAAAUAAACUUAAAGCCGUUACACAGGCUUUUUCAAAAUUAAAAGAACGUGUUAUUUGGAAGCUAGAUAUUGAACUGCCAUUUCAAGUGCCAAAUAAUGUAAUGGUUGUGAAAUGGAUACAACAAAACGAAAUUUUGAGUCAUAAGAAUGUAAGGGCAAUUUGGACACAUGGUGGUCUUCUCAGUACACAAGAAGCGAUUUGGAAAGGUGUGCCAGUGAUUGGAAUGCCAUUUUUUGUGGAUCAAAUACCCAAUGUGGAAUUAUUAGUACAUAAAGGGGCUGGCGUUCGUUUAAAUUUUGCCACUUUAUCUACAGAAUCAAUAUUAGACGCAUUUGAAAAAGUACUUUACAAUAAAAGUUAUACAAAAAAUAUGAAACGAUUAUCCAAUGAAUUUCGGGAUCGACCAGUGCCGCCGUUAGAUUUGGCCGUUUGGUGGAUUGAAUAUGCCGCCCGUCAUUCACAUGGAAGUUUAGAAUCUUCGCUUAGAUCCCAAAGUUGGGUAGAACAGAAUCUAAUCGAUAUUUACGCAUUCAUGUUUCUCAUUCUUAUAGUAAUAUUGUCGGCCAUACGUUUUAUAUUGAAAAAAUUAUUUAAAUUUUAUUGUAAUCGUGUAUAUUCUGUAUCUAAAUUGCAAAAACGUAAACAAAUGUAAG